AAGCUUGCCGAGAAAAGUUGGUCUGAAGUUACGUCAUUGGAAACAGUUGAAGAAGCAACUAAAGUACUGGAGAACACUAUCCACAAUAUGAUAGAUCAAUGUUUUCCAAAGAAAACAGUUACUCUUUCCACUCGUGACCCUCCAUGGAUGUCUCCACUCUUAAAGUACUUAAUAAGAAAAAGAUCAAAGGCUAAGUCAAGGAGAAAGCUAUCUAUUGCGACAGAAUUAACAGAACGAAUAUCUGGAAUAAUUUCACAUAAUUGA